AUGAAAAAUCAAGGGGAUCCUUGCUGGGGUGCGGAGGCAACCACAAGAGCAUCCUGGGGUCACUUAGAAACUUAUUGUGCCUGGAAGAAGAGAUACUGGGGACGAGAGAGCCGUUUAUUUACCCUUGCGAAGGCCUCUGGAACAAGGAACACAGUGGUUCCCUUGGAACGCCUCAGCUGCUGGCUUCAAAAAUCCAAAGCUCCCUUUGACCACCAAGCCCACGUACAGAAGGCAGUAGCAGCAGCAAUAACGGCUCCUCCUGAGGAGCAUCAAAUGAGUUGCACUCAGCCCUUUUGUCAUAUACCCCUGCUGCAGCGCGGACUGGUGAGCAGUAGACGAGCGAGCCAUUUUUGUCAGCUACGCGUACUUCCCUGCGGCAACCCAAGCGGCCGUAGCAUCAGCACUCUCAGGGCAGGAUUCUGGUGCAGGAAAAGGCCUUCAAAGUUCCCAGCAACGCCUGUGAACCGAGGUCUAUCCCAAAGAGCCGACCAAAGGCCUGGGCAAAUAGCAGCUGAGCCACAGGAUCUUGCUAGCGGUGCCGCUGCUGUUGGUACUGACAAUGCCGUGGAAGGGGCAGCACAGACUCAUUUGCUGGCCUUUUUGAAGCAAGAACACACGGCUUCUUCUGGGAAACCAUGGCAGCGGAGCUCUCGUGCCCCCACAAGCGGCGCCAUCAAUGGCAGCAAAGGGCAUAGUGCCGUCAAACCAUGUAGUAUGGAGCAGAAGCACCUUAAGGAAUGCCUUGACGCACUGGCAGCAGCCAUUAGGGAUUCUGAUAUCCAGCCUGGUGUACCAGCAGCCCCUGCAGUACCACCAACUGGAGUGACGGAAUCAGCCCACGUGCAGUCAGCACGAGUUGCCGUAUUGCUGCUGCAGUGCGUAUUGCACACUGUGGAGCAACGGAGGCUAGGUGUCUGGUGGCUGCUGCCCCACAUUAGCGCUGCAGCAGAUGGCCUUUCGGCCUCCGCAACCACGCAGCUGCACCUUCAGCAGGUACACGUGGCGCAGCCAAAGCUACCAAACUCACAGGGGCAGCAGGUCCUAGAGGAGGAGCAGAAACCUUUUUCAGAAAUAUGGCUUGUGUUGCAGCGAAUGGAACUCGUUGUUUUACUGAAGCGCAGCGUGCGCCUAUUGAGUUCUUUGCUGCCUUACAUUUCAAAUAGCUCCUCGAUGCAGAAGCAGCAGCUCCAGCAUGAGUCUAAACUGAAAGCGCAACGCGAAUCUUGCCAGGGGGUACAGAAGGGACACUCAUCCCACAAGGGGCAGGGGGAGGAGCACCAGCUACAAGGUAGCUCGGCUACAUCAUGGAUAUCAGGCCCCCCACUUCAAGGUGACACACAGAGCUCCUCAGCGGCCGCAGCGCUUCUAUCCAUCUUCCAGCUUCUUGACACUGCAGUGCGGCUGUUGCAUUCCACUGCAAAGACGCAGCAUUUGCAGCACGGGGUACUAGGCGUCCAACCAGCACCAGCAGGAGCUUCAGCAAUCGAGGCUGCCGAAAAGGAGCUCCGGCACCUCUCCCCACUGCUUCUAUGGCUCAUUCCAUCGCUGUGGACAGCCGCGUACCACGUUGGGGUAUUCAACCUUUGGGGGCUUUGGGCUACCACUGCUCACCUGGCGCAUCAGCAACGGCAGCAACAGUGCCUUCAACAGCUGCAGCUCCCGGAUUUGAGUUUGCUGCUUAUCGCAACCUCCAGAGUGUUAGCGCUGCAAAAGCAGCACGAGCAUGAUCAACUCCAGAAACAGAAGGAUAAUCCAGGUCUUGCUGAUAGCCUUGCUUCGUGCAAGAAACAGCUACUGCGCCUUGCUGCGAACUGCUCACGCCGUGCAGCCAUGCUGCUGUCCAAAACCCAAGGGAUAGAGCGUGAAGCGCCAGCGGGCACUGAAGAAAGUGAAACUUCAGUAGCACUAACGGCGUGGCCAGAGCAACAGCAUCAGCAGAAUCGGCACCAAAAAUUGGAAGAGGCCGUCGAGAAGCAAAAACAGCAGCAUUGGCAGCGACCGUGGUUUCGCCAGAGCUGUAUUAUGCUUCUCGGGUUGACGCGGUUAAUGCAGCAGGAGCAACUGCUGCUUCCCGCUAUGUUGCGGUAUCGUCCCGUGCAGCAGGCAUUACGUGGGGAGCAGCUAAGCAGUGCCGGCAGAGAAGACAGCAUGCCUUCGAGCUUCUCUUCAGACACAGUAGAGCUUGUUGCAGGAGCCGCGGCCUUCAUGACUUCCUUUGCAAUACGUCUUACUGCUGCAGAAUGGCUGCCACAAAUGAAGGGGCGUUUGCAGCCAGAUCAAGCACGGCAGCAACCAUGUUGUCAACCCUCCAAACGGCUCCAUGUCAAGGCAGCAGCAGCAUCAGGGCCGAUGCCACCGUGGCUUUUAAGUGAAUCAACGCCAGCACCAGAGACUCAGCGCCGUCAAGCAUUUCCAGCGAGAACCUCUACGGAAACAAGAGCACAAUCAGAUGGGCUUGUCCAUUUAUCAACGGGUGAACAAGUGUUUCUUUCGGGUCGUGAUUUUUCACAGCUGCUGCGCUGCUUUGUUUCGACUCGUUUUCUGCCGGCUUCGCUACUGCAGAAAUCGCUGGCCUUUAUUGCCGCAUACCCCCAAGUUGUAACAGGGGUCCGGCAGAUGCAUGCAACUAAUUCUAAAAUCCCGGUGCUGCGCCUCUCGCCUCAGGACGCCGCAUUGCUGCUGUGGGCCAUCGGUACCUCUGCUGCAUCUGUUUUAUCUCCACGAAGGAUGCAGCGAGAGCUGGCAGCCCAGCUUCUGCGGGGUCACGCUUCAAAGGCUCCAGAAGGAGUUGCUGUUGCUGCUUCGACUAGUGGCCGCAGUAGCAUCACCAGCAGAAGCUGCUCUUGCACGAUAGACAGCCAAGCAAUCGCGAAUGCUGUGUGGGGCUUGACGUGCUGUGGGCUGCUUCAACGGCGGUUGCUAAGAACAUUGUCGGUCUCUCCCGUCUUUCGUCGUUGCUUCCGUGAUUGCAGCAGCAUCGCCGAGAAGCAGCAGCUGUUGCGAGCUGCGUUGCUGCUACGGCUGCAGCGUUCAGGUGCCCCCGCUCCAAAUGUCUGUGCUGCUGCUUUCGCUGCUCGCCGGAAGCAGAGUGGAGCAGGUGUCCGAUUCGCUGGUGCAGAAUACGGGGGCUCUUACGUAAGAGGGCCACGUUUGCAGCAGGUGCUAAGCGAGGUGCAGCAGCUGUUGAAAGAGCCGGCUGGGGCAUGUGGUGCGCUGCCCUCGGAGACAGCUGCAGCAAGACCCCCCAACGUUGCGGUUGUGCACGAGUGCGCUGUUUGGCCUGGAGUACAUCUAGACAUUGCGCUGGUGCAGCAGCAUCUCAGCAAGCUGCAACAGCAGGCUAGGAUACCAUGGGGUCGCCUCAAAGGGGGUAAAACUGUCCGGCGGGUGGCCAUCGAAGUAGACGGCCCCUCGCACUUUCUCCUUAGUGUUCGUCUACGCAGCAGCAACGGUACCGAUAGCAGGGUUUGUACUGGACAGCAGCAAAGUUCUGGCUCCUACAGAGGCAGUAGUAGCAGCAAUGCAGGGGUGUUUGUUGAAUUGUGGCCCGAUGGCGGCACUGUGCUCAAGCAUCGACUUCUGCGCCUAUUGGGGUGGGAUGUAUUACAUGUCUGCUUUGGUGAUUGGCAGAAGCUGCAAGGGAAUCGUGCUCUACAGCAAAAGCUAUUGCUUCGUUAUCCUGUGUUGAGGGAACUGCUGCGAAUGUAG